CAGCCCGACCGACCUUCUUCUAUGCUCUCCACUGAUGGGCGCAGGACGUGCUGAUGAAUGUGGCCUGCGACUGAACAGGAACAUCAACAAGUGUGGCUGCUGUCAUCUCUUUUAAAAAACGUUCUCGACAUGGCAGGAGGGUACCGGAAACACAUUCAGCCUACCUCCACCUUAUAGUUGCCUUCAUCUCCCUCUAAGAUACCGUUCCCUCUUGAGUAACUCUCUUCUCUUUCCAAUCAGAAAGCAGCCUCUUGGAUUCUACCUGGAAUACUCUCAAUGCAGCUCAUGUGAAACUGGGCUCUACUGAAGCACUUUGGAAACAGCAGGACAUGAAAAUUAUACUUCACCGAUGGAUCUGAUGGAUUAACUACAGAUAAAACCUUGACAGCUUGACCAGCAGGAGCACACAGCUGAAGAUGUCCAACCGUAUGGGUCAUGAUCGGCCCAGAAAUCCCUUGCUCUCAGCUGUCUCGGCUCUCUUGUGUGCCUUGCACUUUGGAAUAUUGUUCAGAAGUGCACUGGUGACCGCUUGUCCCAAGAGCUGCCACUGCAUGGAGAAGAACAGCCUUGCCGUGCUGCAGUGCAUGUCGCGCAACCUGGAGAACAUCCCGGCUGACCUGCCGCGUGACACUGUAGUCCUGCUGCUGGCCUCAAACAGGAUUACCAAGAUCCCCAAACAGGCCUUUAAGGACCUCAACAGACUACAGGAACUGGAUCUGUCCAACAACGCCAUUGAGACGGUGGACGCUGGGGCCUUCCAGGGGGUCUCCGACGUCCUUCGGGUCCUGGACCUGUCCAACAACCGCAUAAGCAGCGUGCCCAAAGAGGCAUUCGCCAAACUUCAGGCCAAAAUCAGCCUCUCCAACAAUCCCUGGCACUGCGAGUGCAGCUUGCAGGAGGUCCUGAGGGAGCUGAGACUGGACCCAGAGACGGUCAAGGAGGUGAGCUGUCACACGGCUGUGGAGGAGGAGUACACCGGCAAACCCGUUAUCCAGGUCCUGGACUCGGGCAUCAACUUCUGCAACUUCCACCACAAGACCACUGAUGUGGCCAUGUUCGUCACUGUGUUCGGCUGGUUCACCAUGGUGAUAGCCUACGUGAUCUACUACGUGCGGAAGAACCAGGAGGAUGCCAGGAGGCACAUGGAUUACCUCAAGUCCCUGCCCAGCAGCUCGCAGAUCAGCAAAGACUUUGACACGAUCAGCACGGUUCUCUAGCAGGCCCGCUGUGGCACACAUGUGAGUGAGUGAGUGAGUGAGUGAGUGAGUGAGUGAGUGAGUGAGUGAGUGAGUGAGUGAGUGAGUGAGUGAGUGAGUGAGUGAGUGAGUGAGUGGAUGAUAGGGAGAAUGGUGUUCUUGAUUUUUGAGCUGGGAUUUAUUUUAGGUGGCCUUAGGAGACGAUAGAUCUGGACUUCAUCUGGACCUUUAGUAUUUAUAAUUGCUCUCUGUCUUUCUGUAUGGACACAGAUAACUAUCUUAAUUUGACCAGUUUCUCACAGCAGGAAAAUAAUCUUUCCGCAACAGGAAAUGUGAAUUAUGUGGAUUAUAAUGAGCAUUUUUGUAGGGGUUGAUACGUUUUUCGUCAUGGCAAACAAAGUCUGACAUUUGAAAGUGGAAAUUCCACACUUUAGAAGCCUUUUUAAACGUCAAAUACACUAAAAGUUGCAUUUCCUGCGGCACAGGAACAUUUUGUGUGACAACAGAGUGAUCAAAUUACGAAAAAGGACAUACAAUGAGGGAAAUAAGUAUUUGACCCCCUCUCAAUCAGAAAGAUUUCUGGCUCACAGGUGUCUUUUAUACAGGUAACGAGCUGAGUUUAGGAGCACACUCUUAAAUGGAGUGCUCCUAAUCUCAGUUUGUUACCUGUAUGAAAGACACCUGUCCACAGAAGCAAUCAAUCAAUCAGAUUCCAAACUACACUAUGCCGUGAAGGACUGAAAUCCUGCAGCGCUCGCAAGGUCCCCCUGCUCAAGGAAGCACAUAUACAUGCCCGUCUGAAGUUUGCCAAUGAACAUCUGAAUGAUUCAGAGGACAACUGGGUGAAAGUGUUGUGGCCAGAUGAGGACAAAAUGGAGCUCUUUGGCAUCAACUCAACUCGCCGUGUUUGGAGGAGGAGGAAUGCUGCCUAUGACCCCAAGAACACCAUCCCCACCAUCAAACAUGGAGGUGGAAACAUUAUGUUUUGGGGGUGUUUUUAUGCUAAGGGGACAGGACAACUGCACCUCAUUAAGGACGAUGGAUGGGGCCAUGUACCGUCAAAUCUUGGGUGAGAACCUCCUUCCCUCAGCCAGGGCAUUGAAAAUGUGUCGUGGAUGGGUUUUCCAGCAUGACAAUGACCCGAAACACAUGGCCAAGGCAACAAAGGAGUGGCUCAAGAAGAAGCACAUUAAGGUCCUGGAGAGGCCUAGCCAGUCUCCAGACCUUAAUCCCAUAGACAAUUAUGUGGAGGGAGCUGAAGGUUCGAGUUGCCAAACAUCAGCCUCAAAACCUUAAUGACGUAGAGAAGAUCUGCAAAGAGGAGUGGGACAAAAUCCCUCCUGAGACGUGUGCAAACCUGGUGGCCAACUACAAGAAACGUCUGACCUCUGUGAUUGCCAACAAGGGUUUUGCCACCAAGUAGUAAGUCAUGUUUUGCAGAGGGGUCAAAUACUUAUUUCCCUCAUUAAAAUGCAAAUCAAUUUAUAACAUUUUUGACAUGUGUUUUUCUGGAUUUUUUUGUUGUUAUUCUGUCUCUCACUGUUCAAAUAAACCUACCAUUACAAUUAUAGACUGAUAAUUUCUUUGUCAGUGGGCAAAUGUACAAAAUCAGCAGGGGAUCAAAUACUUAUUUCCCUCACUGUAGAUUGACAAAUCUGGCAUUUUAUCAUCUAGACUAUCAUUUCAUUUAUAUUCAGGUGAAGGCUAAUUCUUUUAGAACACUAUUUUCACUUGACAUCUCUUGCAAUUCUACACCUUAACACUGUGUAUUGGGCUGUACUAGAUCAUGUUCCCCCCUUUCCUUCUGCCAUGUACAAUUCCCGUUAAUGCUGUCUUUUAAUUUAGUUAGUUGCUACUCAGGGGGAACGUUGGUUGCAAUGAAGUAAUUAUGGUGUCAUUGUCAGGUUGUAUAGUGGUUAUUUAAGGAAGUUUCAUUAAUGUAUUUUUAGCAAUCAAUAUAAAUACAUCUUUAUCUGGUUAUUUGACCAGAUAACAACCAAAAUAUGACAUCUGAUAAUAUGACGUCUUCUCAAUCAGAAAAUCAGUUUACAACCAGAAAAUUGUUCUUAAGACGUUGUGUCAAUUUUUGCCUGCUGGGUAGGAAGUUUUUAUCUGUGUAGACUUUCUCCUCAUUUUAUUUGGUGUUUUAGUGGUCAACAGUGAGUCAACAUCUUGUAUGGUUUAUACAAUCUGUGCUUGUAUGGGAUAUCCCACAUGCUAAAAUAGGUAAAAAUGUUGCUUCAAUGUUGUCAUAAUGUUCUAUGAAUGGGCCAAGUGUCUGUUUUUCUGGGACUGGGCCCAGUCUAAAGUGUUAUUGUCAUUAGGUCAUUUCUAUUUGCACAUUGUUAUAGAAUUGAAAGGUCUCCAGUCAUUUAUUGUUUCUAUGUGUCAAUGCAGAAUUGUUACUUACAUUUAUAAUCUGUGGGAUUCAAAAUGGACACCAUAGCAGCAUUGGAAAAUAAAGGUUGUUAUACAUAACUUUC